UGUGUGUGUGUGUUGCAGAGGGACAACACACAUGACGUUUUUAGCAAUAAAACCACUUGAAUUAACAGCGAGACUUCAGAAGAUGCGACUCUGCCUCUGACCACUGAGACUGAAGCACUGUGAUAUUACAACUUCUGCAGCCUCACAAUGUCUUACAAUGAGUCUCUGCCCAUCCCCAUCCUCAAAUCCUCCAAAGAUGACCAGGCGACGAAGGUGGACGUCGACGCCAUCAUGGACAACGUCAGCAUCGUCCUCUACACACUUACUGUUGUUCUCGGCAUCACGGGGAACUUAGUGGUGAUCUGGGUGGCUGGAAUCAAGCUCAGACCAAAGGUCACCAAUGUGUGGCUAGUGAACCUGGCGAUAGCCGACUUGAUCUUCUGCUUCACACGAGUUUUCUCCCUCAUCAAAAAGCUCUUCUUUGACCACUGGCCCUUUGGCAUCUUUCUCUGCAAGUUCAACGGCUUCUUCAAAUACGCCAAUAUGUUCUGCUCGGUCUUCCUGCUGGCCGUGAUCAGCCUGGACCGAGUGCUCUGCAUCUGGCGUCCCAUCUUCACAAAGCGCCGACGCUCCCUGUUGGCCGCAAGGGUGGUGGCCGUCUUCGUCUGGACUGCAGCAGUCCUCCUCAGCACCCCCUACUACAUCUACCGCCAAGUCUACAUAGGAAAGAACAACCUGAGUAAGUGUUCGGUGGACGUGAAGUUGGCCGCAGAUGGUGACAAUGUCACCAGAGCCACUCUCUACUCCAUCCGCUUCCUAUGUGGCUUCAUGUUGCCUUUUAUGGUCAUCCUCAUCUGCUACAUCCUGGCCGGCCUCGGCAUCCGACGCACCCGCCUGGCAGGGAAGUCCCGCCCCCUUCGUAUAUUGGCAUCACUAGUCAUUGCGUUCUUCCUGUGCUGGGCACCGUACCACUGCCUCCUACUGGUGAAGAUGGUGGACAAUAAGAACCCGGUGGUGAAGAUCUGGCACCCUUUGGCGAAGGGCGUCGCCUACUUUAACAGCUGCGUGAACCCACUGUUGUACUUCUGCAUGGGGCUGGAGGUGAGGGGGCACUUCAGGCAGAGUCUGACGGGCGUUUACAGGAGAGCUCUGGCGGAUGACAUGGACGGACGGACCACUCAGUCCAACGAUCGCUCUUUGGACGAGAGUUCUGGCUCAAAGCACAGUCCUGCUGCGGUGGCGGGAAGGCGUCAGUCAGCCGUAAAUGUAGCUAAAGUUUAAGUCUCUUCUGAUAAUCCCUCCACUUAAAGGGCCACACAGGUGAUUUUUUUUAAUGUUUUUAACCCUCUGAACUUUAGUCAGUUUCUUUGUCUUUCCAUUUUUGCUCCUUUCACAUUUUUACUCAAUGUUUUGAGGUUUUUUUUUACUGCAAUAUGAAGUCCAACACUUCUAUGGAAACAAGACAACUAGCUAGAAGUAGAGCGAAGGUUUUUAGCAAGGCAAAGUUGCAAAGCCAUAAAACAGAAAAAGGUUGCACUUUUUGGAUAAUUUAUUUUACAAAAGUUUCAAAAACCUAGAAGUGUCCAUAGGUGUUACCUACACUGGAAGAAAUGGUACCUCUACAUACUUUAGAUAUUUCUCUACUUACAUUUUUAACUAAUUUCCAUACUUGUCUUGUCCCUGUGUAAACACAGCCUGCAGUUCACCUGACACAGAAUUUUCAGUAGUCACCAAUGGCUUCGCCGUUACACCAAGGAGCUCAGAAUUAAAAAAAAAAAAAAUAGAAUCUGCCACAAAUGGUUAGUUUUAAAUGUGACAUGUAGAAAAAAGUGAUCAUGGUGACAUAUCCCAAUUUUUAAGCUUAGAUUUAUUUUAGUUUCCUGAGAGACUAGCUUGUCACCGUUGAGUAGUGCAAUGGCAGUGUAAAGUUGAAAAUCUGACAAUUCUUUCUGUUUUUACAGUUUCUGACUUUGAUAAAUAACAUGCUUUACAAAUCAGAGGGAUGGCAGGGUGAAAUGAGAAUCAAACUUUAAUUCCUCUUAAAUAACAAUACCAAUUCCAGUAUUUCAGAAAGAAACAGGGAUUUAAUAAAAGUUCAACUAACAACUUUUCCAAAAGAGUAAUGAUUUUGUACAUAAUAUGUACAUAACUGGUAAUGACAUGAAAACCACCAAUGUGGUCCUUUAAGACUUUUCGUCUUUCAGUCGCAGUUUAAACCACUGACUCUCCAUCUCAGAGGAUUAAACUGUUGUUUAAAGAGGAAGGUGCUAAGUGUUAUUUUUAUGUACUCACAGUACUUCUGCUAAACAACGUAGACAAUUUGUUGUAAAUAUCUGAAUCCAUCAUGUAUUUUGUUUGUCCCACCUGCUGACCUUACAGUGAACAGACUCACUGGAUAAAUGUUCUCACACAGCAUGUGGUAUGUGAUGAUAGAAGGUGUGUAGAUGCAGAUUUUCCUGCUGAAUUGUGUUUUGACGCAUGUGAUUAAAGUUACAGCAGAAAAGUGGAAGUGUGGUGGGUCUGGAGGAAUAAGAAGGAAGGAAGAGGGAAGUGAAACUAUUAAAAGAAAAGCCCAUAAUAACUUUGGACAAGACUCCGUCUUGGGUAAAGAGGUCACUCUGAAGGUCGGAUGAACUGAAACUUUAUAGUACUCCAAGCAGUUUCUGGGCGUUUCUUUCCUCCUGUCACAUUCUUUUUUUACUCACCGUUGGCUCAUUUUUCAUCCCAAUAUAAAGUUCUGCAUCUCUAUGGAAACAGCACAACCAUAGAUAGACGUAGACACAACUUAAAGGUGUCUCUAUGUGCAGCAUAACAAAAUUUAAAUACCAUAAAUUGCAAAAAAAAAAAAAAAAAAAA